AUGGAAGAAGAAGCAGCAACAACAAGAGGGUCACUACUUCUCAAACAAAAGCUUGAUAAUAAUGAUCAAUGGAGCAGUAGUGAUCAUGGUGGUAUGCAGCUAAGUGAAUCCUUAUCAACCACCACACCUAUUGUUGUGCUUAGCACAUUAGCGGCCGUAUGUGGAUCAUUUACUUUUGGAAGUGCAGUGGGAUAUUCUUCACCAUCCGAAUCUGGAAUUGAGGAUGACCUUGGCCUUACUUCAGCGGAGUAUUCAAUUUUUGGUUCAAUAUUGACAAUUGGAGCAAUGUUAGGUGCAGUAUUUAGUGGGAAAAUUGCGGAUUUCAUUGGUAGGAAAGGUGCAAUGGGAGUUUCAGAAACAUUCUGCAUCCUCGGGUGGCUUGCAAUAGUAUUUGCAAAGGAUGCUUGGUGGCUUGACCUUGGAAGAUUUUUGGUGGGAUGUGGAAUUGGGAUUCUUUCUUAUGUGGUUCCUGUUUAUAUUGCUGAAAUUACACCUAAGAAUGUUAGGGGAUCAUUUACAUCACUUAGUCAGUUGAUGAUAGGUUGUGGCAAGGCUCUCACAUUUCUUAUUGGUUCUCUUGUCAAUUGGCGCACCUUGGCUCUAAUAGGAAUCAUUCCGUGUCUAGCACAUCUGCUUGGCCUAUUUUUCAUUCCUGAGUCUCCUAGAUGGUUGGCCAAAUGUGGACGUUUAGAAGAGUUUGAAGUUAGGCUGCAAUUCCUUAGGGGAGAAAAUGCUGAUAUUUCUCAAGAAGCAGCUGAUAUCAUUGAAUAUACUGAAAACUUUCGAUGGAUAUCUGAAGAUGGAGUUCUGCACCUAUUCCAGGGAAAAUAUGCUUAUUCAAUCAUAGUUGCAGUUGGGCUGAUGGCAUUUCAAGAAUUUGGAGGACUUAAUGGGUUUGCAUUUUAUACAAGUUCUAUAUUUGAGUCAGCAGGUUUUUCAAGUAAGAUUGGGACUAUAUUAGCAGCAGUUGUUCAGAUUCUAAUGACAACUUUAGGAGUACUCUUGAUAGAUAAGUGUGGAAGACGACCACUUCUAAUGAUAUCUGCGACUGGAGCUUGCUUAGGUUGUGUCCUCACUGGAUUCUCAUUCUUCUUGCAGGAUCUGCAAAGAGGGAAGGAGCUCAUUCCCAUUUUGGUGCUUAUUGGUGUGUUGGUAUACUUGGGCUCUUUUGAGCUAGGCAUGGGAGGAAUACCAUGGAUUAUUAUGUCUGAGAUAUUUCCAAUAAAUAUAAAGGGUUUAGCUGGGAGCCUUGUCACAUUGGUCAGCUGGACUGGUUCUUGGGUUGUUUCUUACACUUUCAACUAUUUAUUUGAGUGGAGCUCAGCAGGGACAUUCUUCAUAUUUGCAGUUAUAUGUGGUGUGGGAAUUUUAUUUAUCGGUAAAAUAGUUCCAGAGACUAAGGGGCGUACACUAGAAGAAAUACAAGCAUCAUUUACUCAUAUCCAGCAAUAA